GAGGUCGCAAAUCAGGACCACCUCCCGCAUUCCUCCAUUCUGCUACAUAUCAGUUUUUUAGGCUUUCCACCUCCCUCACACUGAUACCUUCCACCGCCUGCCAGUCGCCCUGUGAAUCUCAAUGCUCACAGCCUCAUCCAUCUUAUCAAGGACGAGCAGCUCCUAGAUCCCGUGCUUUCCUGCGCAAUCGCCGACGUAUUUCGGCUGGAGAUCUGCUUCCUGCGAUGGCCCCAGCAGUCGCUCAGCCCGCAGCAGCCGCGCGGAAGCUGACGUCACCGCAGACGUCAGCGCUGUACGCGGUGAUCCUGUUCCUGAUCGUGCUGUCGGCGCAGCAGGUCAACCGCGCCACGCUCGCCUCCUCCAAGGCGCUCACCAUCGUCGGCGGCUUCAUCGGCGCGCUGCUCUUCCUGCUAGCGCUCACGUUCUUCAGCAACAUGCAAGAGGCCAUGGGAGCCAGAUCCGGAUGGGGCGUUGUGUUUCUGUCUCUCUUCAUCGCCACAGUCGCUGCUGCUUCAGUGCACGGUGUCUGUGCCACCACAUGCAUUCUCUUCUCUGCUGGCCUGCUGUUUGAGGUGCAGCGGGUGUCCGCCGCUGCUUACCCCUCCGCUGAUGCCAAGAAGAAGAAUUGAACAGAGCCAUGGAGUCAAUGGUGAUGAUCACAGGGCAUGACUGACAGGGCACGCACACCGGUAGUACAUGUUUUGACCAUGAAUUCAGAUGGCAGACAGCUGGGGGGAAAAGCAAUGGAAAGAUAUUCACCACUGGCUUAUCACUGGAAGCCGUAAAGAAAUACUGCCUUUGUUCUUAUUGUUGGAUAAGUCGAACAUGAUAUAACCUCUUACAAUCACGCAAUCAC